CCGGGCUCCGGGGCUGUCAGCCACCAGGCGCGCGAGCCGGACGGAGCCGCGGGCCGGGGCCGCCGGCCCAUCGCCCCUGCCAUCCCCCGGGCGGCCUCGGCCGAGACGCGCUGCCCCGCGCCUGCCAGCGGCGCUCCGGGCCAGGUGAUCGGGGAGGGCGAGCGGCGCCGGGGACCCGCGGCGCCCCCCAGGUACCGGGGCGGGGCCCAGCCGGGCGGUCCGGGCCGCUCAGGAACCCCGCGGGCAGCGCCCGAGCCCGGCCCCACCUCGGGCCAGGCUGCCGGUGGGUGUGAGCGUCGGCGCCCGCGUCCCGGGGGCCGGGGGUGGUCCCUGGACCAGCGCCCCGACGCGCACGGGCCAGACAUAAUUCCUUGGUGGACCCUCUAAACAUCUUUUAUUUGUGGAAGCAUUUCCUAUAAAAUGAAGUCAGCAUCUUAACACAACCCCAUGUCGGUGUGGCUCCAGUCCCUCUGCUCUGUUGCUUGAAGCUUGAGAUCUAAGCAGCCCCGGGUCUUUUGCGAUGACAAUAUGACUAAUAGUAAAGGAAGAUCUAUUACUAAUCAAACAAGUGGUGGUUCAAGUAGUGGCGGCGGUUUUGUGGACUGGACUUUAAGUUUAAAUACCAUUCAGUCUGAUAAGUUUUUAAACUUACUGUUGAGCAUGGUACCGGUAAUUUACCAGAAAAACCAGGAAGAGAGGCACAAAAAGGCAAACGGCGUUUGGCAGGAUGGACUGUCCACGGCAGCACAGACGUUCACUAACAGGUCCGAGCAGCACGUGGACUACCACGGCUUCUCCGAGCAGGCCUUCCACGGCAAUCCUGGGCACCCGCCCACCAGCUGCAGCCCCAAGUACGAUGACUAUGCCAACUACAAUUACUGCGACGACAGGGAGACCUCGGAAACCACCGCCAUGCUGCAGGACAAUGACCUCUCCAGCGACGGUGACGAUGAUGUCAUCGUGGAGACCAAUCAAAAGUUACCCAAGGAAUCCAGUGGUGUCAUGGCCUUGCAGAUCCUUGUGCCCUUUCUGCUCGCUGGCUUUGGGACCGUUUCUGCUGGCAUGGUUUUGGACAUUGUGCAGCACUGGGAGGUGUUCAAAAAAGUUACUGAAGUUUUCAUUUUAGUUCCUGCUCUUCUUGGUCUCAAAGGAAACUUGGAAAUGACGUUGGCGUCCAGAUUGUCCACUGCAGUAAACAUUGGGAAGAUGGAUUCACCUAUUGAAAAGUGGAACCUUAUCAUCGGCAAUUUGGCUUUGAAACAGGUUCAAGCCACAGUCGUCGGUUUCCUGGCAGCCGUGGCAGCGAUUAUCUUGGGCUGGAUUCCCGAGGGAAAAUACUACCUUGAUCACUCAGUGCUUUUGUGCUCGAGCAGCGUGGCCACGGCCUUCAUCGCCUCCCUUCUGCAGGGAAUCAUAAUGGUUGGGGUUAUCGUCGGCUCGAAGAAGACUGGCAUAAAUCCUGACAAUGUGGCUACACCCAUUGCUGCCAGCUUUGGCGACCUGAUAACUCUUGCUAUAUUGGCCUGGAUCAGUCAGGGCUUGUACUCCUGCCUUGAGACCUAUUACUACAUUUCUCCAUUAGUGGGUGUCUUCUUCUUGGCUCUGACUCCCAUCUGGAUUAUCGUGGCUGCCAAGCACCCUGCCACAAGAACAGUGCUUCACUCGGGCUGGGAGCCCGUCAUCACAGCGAUGGUCAUAAGCAGCAUUGGGGGCCUUAUUCUGGACACAACUGUCUCCGAUCCAAACUUGGUUGGGAUUGUCGUUUACACGCCAGUGAUUAAUGGUAUCGGUGGUAACUUGGUGGCCAUUCAAGCGAGCAGGAUUUCUACCUACCUCCAUUUGCACAGCAUCCCGGGAGAGCUGCCUGACGAGCCCAAAGGUUGUUCCUACCCAUGUAGAACAUUUUUCGGCCCAGGAGUAAAUAAUAAGUCUGCUCAAGUUCUGCUGCUUUUAGUAAUUCCUGGACAUUUAAUUUUCCUCUACACUAUUCACUUGAUGAAAAGUGGUCACACGUCUUUAACUGUAAUCUUCAUAGUGGUAUACUUAUUUGCCGCUGUAUUACAGGUGUUCACCUUGCUGUGGAUCGCCGACUGGAUGGUGCACCACUUCUGGAGGAAAGGCAAGGACCCGGACAGCUUCUCCAUCCCCUAUCUCACGGCCCUGGGCGACCUGCUGGGGACAGCUCUGCUAGCCUUGAGUUUCCAUUUCCUUUGGCUGAUUGGCGACCGAGAUGGAGAUGUAGGAGACUAAGUCCCUCCCACCCGCUGCUCUCAAGAGACCAAGGAGGAAAACACAAGACAGACUCUUCCAGCGUCGUGUCCCAGCAAAUCUCAGAACAGUAGUUUGAACUUGUGCCCAGGGUCCUCUUCAGUUGGCUCUGAUUCAAUUAAAUGGCCUUAAUGUUGUUUUUUUUUUUUAAAAAAAAAAUGGAAAUAGAAUGAACAAUAUUUGUGCUACUUUUCUUAGACUAAAUGGUCCUUUGACAGGGACCUAGAUAGCUCAAACUCUGAAAUCCUUCAACGAAGUAAAGCCUAUAGGAUGUUUACAGUGAACAGUUUUUAAGCCAGACAAGUCAGAAAUGUGCUUUCUUAUUGUGUCACUCAAAAUGCGAGGCUGGAGGGAGAGUUCCAGUUGAGUAUUUCUUGUCUCAUAGAUGUGUCCUCCCUGCAAAGUGUACCAUGGAGAGGAAAGGGCCUGCCAACCUUCUCAUGGUUUCAGUUCAGCCCACCUCUCUGCCAUCUGAGAUAAAGUUACCAGCUACUCAUUCCUAAUGAACUGUGUUCUGCUGGGCAUAUGAUAAACCUCCCUUUUAUGUGUGCCUGUGAUUUUCCCUGUGCCAAUGCUAAUUUAACUUCAAUUCUUACAGUUGGUGGCAGGCUACCAUUUUUAAAACAUGGGAUGACCCUAAAAGAUCUGUAGUAAGAGGAAUGGGUUGUAUUUUUACCACUGAUGUGUUGAAAGGAUCGUUGGCAUUUUUUUCUCAAAGACUUGAUCGUCCAAAUCAAAAGCUAGCCUGAACUGCAUUGAUAGAGAGAGGGUGAUGCAAGAAACAAUGCAUGUACUUGUGUGCGAGGGAGAGACAGCCACACACAGAGGGGACCCUUCGAUAGAGAACCGCAUGGUGGAUUUUUGGUAGCAAAGUUCGUGUUACCAGAAUACCAGCAUUAUACUGGCAUUCUUAAACACAUUGCAUUGAAAUGCAUCUGUCGUUCAGUCCAGAAGUGUUGCCUUCCCUGAAUUUAGUAUUUAUUACCUGUAUUAUAAUUGUUUUCUCCUUAUUUAAAAAAAAAGUGCCAUUGAAUAUAGCGAAGGUGAUAAGAUUGCUCAUUUUAAGACUUAGAAUGAGCCAAAUGAUAGAUUUGCCCUAUUGAAAGCAUCAGGCCCACUAUUUUAAAAGAGAGGUUCCUUCAGUCACUGUUCAGACCUGGACAGAAACACAUGUCUUCUGAAAUGUCUUUUGUGUUUCUCAGAUAUUUUUCUAAAGCUAGGAUCUGUAUUCUGAGCAUUUUCAAAAACCUUGGUUAUCCCAUAGGCAAGCAUUUUGAUGCCAUAUAAGUAUAUUUAGGAAUCCAGUUCAUCUCCCGAGACCAUCAGACACUAAUUGCACUAAUAAGGGAAGAGAAGGCACGUUACCUCCGCUCUUCAUGGUUUAAGUUGUGAGCUAGUGUAAACGUUACGUCAACAGUAGGUUGUUUAUGCAUUUAUUGGGUAAGUGUUCCUCCUAUUCAGCUCUUUCAAAUCAAGGGACUGUGGGUUAGAGUUAUAUAUUUUUGCUUAUUUUAAACCUUAAUUAUUCCAUUCUUCUGCUUUAUAAAGAAGUUUGUGAAGCAGAGAGCUGAGCUAAUUAUAGAAUUUCUCCUUUGGAGAGUUAUAAUGUCACAUAGUGAACAUUCUUAUAAAAGAAAGAAUGAUUAAGUUAAGUUGAUGGCUAUUUAGUUGCAAAGAUUUUUUUUAUUUAAGAAAAAUCCAGAAAUCAUUACUUUGAAUUUUUUUUAUUGUAAAGAAUUUAUAAAUUACUUAUUUUCUUUGGGGCUCUUAAUUACUUAUUUUCUUUUGUGAUUCAGAAGCAUUUAUACUUCUCAAUGAUUUCUAUUUUCAUUUUUUUACAUAAAAAUGCAUGGCCAACCACAUUGUUAUCGCUAUUUAUGAACAACCCGAGUGCAUUACGAAUUCCAGACACAUUCAGAUACGCACUCUGAGGGGAAGACUCCCAGUUGCACCUGUGAAACCUGCCGGGUGGAGAUUCUGCUCCGUGUUGUAUGGGGCUGAGGGGACAGAAGCUCAGAGAGGUUCCACUUCUGCCUCUAUGCCCUAAGCUAUGACUGAAGGCAACUCUUGGUGCUGAUAGGCCAGUGCUCACAUCAUGAGCUUAUAGAGGUACCAGGAGUGCCAAAUGAUGGAUGGAGAGGUGCUCUGUCUUUCAGAUGUCAGACAGGGAAGCCGCCACUUAAGAAAGAUCAAUGGUGAGUCUGUCCGACUCUAAGUGAUUGUCAUUUCUAAAGACCAAGGGAAAUCGACGGGAAAACUGUAGCCUAAAGAUGAAGACUUAUGUCUUAGACCAUUUCAUUGCUUCUUUCUUCCCAACAUAGUUCUUUUCUGUAGAGGUUGAUUGAGAAAGAGGAUGGCCAAUUGGAGUUCUGUCUCAUUUCUCCUUUGCUGUCCAAUCUUGUUAAAAGCACCAAAAUGUCUAAAAGGCAUGUAAUGGGGGGAGUGGGGGGAAUAUCAGUUACUGAUGAAUUAAAUUUUAUAAAAAGACUAGAUUCCUUUAAAAUAAUUUAAUGCUUUUUAAAGCUCUUUUGCAGUUUCCAGUCAGUAAAGUAAACUCCGUUUACCCAGAAAAGUCAUUUAUGAGUCUCAUAAAGUGGCAGUAUUUAGUAUAAAAAUUCCAUUCUCUAAUUUAUCACUUUAUAUACAAAUUUUUUUUAAAAAGAAACACACAUUUCUUAAUUUUGCCCACCAAUCACUUUCUUUUCAAAAUUAAACUUCCUUUGUAAUUUAUAAAUUAUAACUUCCGGUAACAUAUCAGGGAAGACAUCGGAAAUUUCACAUCGUAGAUGAUCAAUGAUGUAGGCACAUGAAGUACAUUUUGAAAAGUCUUUAGUAAUUGGGCUUCUUUACCUUAUAUGAAUGAUUUAAUAUACCCAUUCAUAACAGGUGUCUGUCAUCUUUGAAUUGUUGACAACUAGGAAUAAAAUUUAAGAAAUAUUUAUCCAGCGUUGUGGUACUGUCUUUUUGAUAAAUUAGACAAAUAUGGACCCUGUAUGGAAUUCACCCCGGGAUAGUCUGGGAUGACCAAUGUACAUGUGAUGCAUUUAUGAGUACACUAUAUUGGGUUUUGAUCAUACCUGGACCGCCAGCCCACUGCAUUGCUACAUUUUCUCUAGCAAGGAGCUGGAGAGAGAGAGAGUAUAGUGGGUCAGGCAUUCACCCAAGCUCGAGUGCCUGGCACCACUUAUGGACCUCUGAGCCCCGCCAGGAGUGAGCCCUGACCACAGAGUCAGGAGUAAGCCCUGAGUGCAGUCAGGUGUGGCCCCCCAAAAACAACUUGAAAAAGUUAAGCACCCCUGACUAUUAAAGCUUAGAACUCUUUGGCUCAGUCUUAGGAUUCUUUUUUUUGUUUUUGUUUUUUUGCUUUUUGGAUCACACCCGGUGAUGCACAGGGGUUACUCCUGGCUCUGCACUCAGGAAUUACCCCUGGCCGUGCUCAGGGGACCAUAUGGGAUGCUGGGAAUCGAACCCAGGUUGGCCGAGUGCAAGGCAAACGCCCUACCCGCUGUGCUAAUGCUCCAGCCCCAGUCUUAGGAUUCUUAAGAUCAGUCUAUAAAUCCUAAAUACUUCCUGGACAGCUCUGGUCAAUUCCGGCCUGUGCUUGCCUCCACUUGAGUAGCAAAGCGAGUCUCACGAAGAACAAGAUUGCUUCCACAGAUCUUUAGAUGGAUUAGCUCUAGCCGUAUUUGACCGAGGGUCCUUCGUCCUUUAAAUACUCUCAUCAUUUGCCUUUCCCCAAAGGCUGCCUACUGCUUGCUUUUCUACACCCUUAGCAGCCUGUUCUCAUCUUCCUAACCAUUCUCCUCAGUCUUCAGCUGUUGACACGCCUCCACCUCAGUUUCUAGUCCCUCUUCUCUGCUUGUUCUCUCAGUUCGCCAAUUAUUUCCUUGUUUGGUAUGCCUUCUCUCCUGAUCAUUUCUCAUUCUCCAGUCCAACCCAACUACAAAACUUUUAUUUCCAAUACCCAAGGGGAAGAUCCACUUAAAAAUCACUUCUCCAACAUUGACCACUCCCAGCUGCCUUGGGGGAGAUGGGAGGGAUCCUGGGAUCAUUGGUGGAGGAGAAUGGGCACUGGUGGAGGGAUGGGUAAACGAUCACUGUAUGAGUGAAAUGCAAACACAAAAGUUCAUAAGUUUGUAACAACAUCACAGUGAUUCUCUAAUAAAAAAUUUAAAUGAAUGAAUGAAUAAAUAAAUAAAUAAAUAAAUAAAUAAAUAAAUAAAUAAAUAAAUAAAUAAAAGAAACUCACACCACUUGGGGGGGUGUCCCAGGACUCAGACCGUCCCAAUUCCAGUGCUCAUGGGCCAAAAGGACUGACAGGUUGAUUUGGAGCAACUCUGAUGUUAGAAGUGGGACGCGUCCAGCGCACUAAGGCCCCGACAGUGCACUGCUCACCCUGGGAUCUGAACCUCAGCUCUCUGGGGAUGUCGUUUAGCAGAGAAAUUCUUGCCUUGCAUAUGCGAGGACCUGGGCCUGAACCCCAGCACCACACACAUUGAAAUAUUUUACCUGAAAAAAAAUAAGACUCUUUGACCUACUGACCCACUCCACUUUUCAGAAAUCUGUUCGGAGAUAAUAGACCAGACAAUGCAGCAACUUCAAGCUUGACAUUUUUCACUUGGAAAAAAAGGCUGAUAGGACAGGGGUGAAGGCGUUUUCCUUGUAUGCAGUGGAUCUCAGUUCCAUCCCCGGCACCCGCUCUGGUCCCCUGAACGCCACCAGGAAUGAUCUCUGAGUGCGGAGCCAAGGGUAUCCCUUGAGCACCACAGAUGUGGUCCCCAAUUUCCUCCCCAAAAGAGGUUGAACAUUCAAGCCAUGACUCAAUCAAGUAUAUGUGUGACAUUAUGUUAUGCUGUCGGUGAAUUCACUCUAGACAUCCUUUGAUGAGUCAGAACCGCUUCCAUGACAAGACUGGGAAUCUCUGGGUCCAGAACGUUAGUGGCCUGAGGCCAACCCCCAAAUCACCCUGACAUCACCCCUUUCCACUGGAUGAUGUGGCUCUAGAGAUUUUUGUCCCCUUUCAUAACUCUCCUGCGUUUUCUAAAUUUUCCAUGUAAAAAAGGUCCCUUUUAUAUUUAUUUUUUAAGUGCUUUUAUGACUCCUGCUUUCCCAGACAAUGGGUCCCCGGCUCUAAUUAGCAUCUAACCAUUGUUUGGGCUCCAAAAAAAUUAGGUUGCAUUCUGUUUCAUAAUGAGCAUCAUGAUGGUGUUUUGAAAAAGGAUCUUCCUUUUUAUCCUUGCCAGUGAAGGAGGAUAGUCUACGAAAAUGGAAUCUUCGAGUACUUAAUGGCACCGGGGCAUUAGGAAGAAGAAAUCAUGAAUAAAUGUGGGCUCUAAGAGCGUAUGUUCUGCCCCCGUCAGCCCUCCUGGCAGGGAGGAGGAUGCUGCCGGCCCUCCCAGCAGGGCUGAUUCCCAGACUCUGCUCUUUCUCCAGGCUACACUUGACCCCAGCGCUGGCUCGGAGCCCUGCUUUAGCCUAUUACAGACUGGACUGGGUUUGUUACAAAUCUGCCCUGUCCUCCCUCUCCCUGCCCCGUCUCUGCCCCCUAACUUGUGGUUCUGACUCUCCAGUAAAUGGUGGAGGCCACUGACACAGCUUCUCUCUCUCUCUCUCUUCUCUCUCUCCUCUCUUUGCUCUCUCCCCCUCUCCCUCCUCUUUUUCUUUCUCUCUCUCCUCCCCCUCUCUCCCCUCCUCUCUCUCCUCUCUUUCUCUCUCCCUUCCCCUCCCCCUGUCUCCUCCCGUCUCUC